GAAGUUGACUGGGGCCGCGCCAGGCGCCGGGUAGAGGCCGCCUGCGACUGCAGCCUCGCUCGGACCGGCGGCGCCAUGCGGCUCUGGCUGCUGGCCGUGCUGGGGCUGGGAGUGCUGGCGGAUGUGUGCCGCGCACGGCGCAGGCCGGUCCUGCCGAUCAUCACCAACAAGACGUUCAUCGACGCGUGCGUCCGGGAGCACAACAAGCACCGCACCGCCGUCCGGCCCGCUGCCGCCAACAUGCUCUACAUGACUUGGGAUGCAGCUUUAGCACGGACUGCCAGGGCAUGGGCAAAAAAAUGCCUUUUUAAACAUAGUCCAUAUUUAACAGAAAAAUUUAUGUCCCAUCCUCAUUAUGGGCAUGUUGGAGAAAAUAUCUGGACUGGACAUUACGGGUUAUUUGGUGUCACUGAAGCCAUCAAAUUAUGGACCGAUGAAGUCCAGCACUACAAUCUUCAGACUAACAAGUGUACUAAAACAUGUGGUCAUUAUACUCAGGUUGUUUGGGAUAAUUCUCAUAAGGUGGGCUGUGCUGUUGUUUUUUGUCGUAUAGCUGCAGGAAUAAGAGAUGCGGCACAUUUUGUAUGCAACUAUGUACCAAGCGGCAAUUACCCAAGAAAACCUUAUAAAGCAGGAUCAUCAUGUAGUCUGUGCUCAAAAGAGGACACCUGUGUGGACAAUCUAUGUAGAAAUCCAAAACGUGAUAAAAUUAUACGUUACACAAGAUGGUAUCCACCCUGGGAGAAUAGGAUCGUAUGUGACGAGUCCUGUAUUGCUGUUGUGGUUUUAAGACCAUCACUGAUGUUAUUGGCUUUUCUAAUUGUUUUUCUUAUGCAGAAGCGUUAUUCAAAUAUGAGUAUAUCUAAAUAAUCUAUUUGAAAUAUAUAUUUCAUAAAAAGUUAUGACAAGUCCUUAAAAGAUUAAUAUCACACCCACCUGUUAAUCAAGAGAAUUCUCUUGAUUGAUGUUUUUACAGUGAAUUUGAUCAUUUAAAAAAACAUAUCAUAAAGUGCUGUGGAUGUUUAAUGGGUUAUAAAGAGUAAAUUAUUUUUAUGCUAAG